ACCCAUGAGGUGGGGGAUCCAAACCUGUUCUGGGACACUGGAACACAGGACUAGAGAGGACGUGAGUGGGGACAGGCUCACAGACACGGAAGCAUAAGGGGAUGGGGACCCAGUGCACCGAGGACCGGACAGGCCGAGAUCUCCUGGGAGCGCCCCCUUCAACACCUCCCAUGCCUCUGGGACUUGGCCGGCGAAAGAAGGCACCACCCCUGGUGGAAAAUGAGGAGGCAGAGCCUGGACGGGGUGGGUUGGGUGUAGGGGAGUCAGGUCCCCUGGGUGGGGGUGGGGGAGGGGGGCCCCAUGUGGGCCUACCUCCCCCACCCCCAUCUCUUCGGCCCCGACUGGUGUUCCACACCCAGCUGGCCCAUGGAAGCCCUACUGGUCGAAUCGAAGGAUUCACAAAUGUGAAGGAAUUGUAUGGCAAGAUUGCUGAGGCCUUCCGCUUGCCCCCUGCUGAGGUAAUGUUCUGCACUCUCAACACACACAAAGUGGACAUGGAGAAACUGCUUGGAGGCCAGAUAGGGCUGGAGGAUUUCAUCUUCGCCCACAUCAAAGGCCAGCGCAAGGAAGUAGAAGUGUUCAAGUCAGAGGAGGCCCUGGGGCUGACCAUCACAGACAAUGGGGCUGGCUACGCCUUCAUCAAGCGCAUCAAGGAGGGCAGCGUCAUUGACCGGAUCCAAGUGAUCAAUGUGGGCGACAUGAUAGAAUCCAUCAACGGACAGAACCUGCUGGGCUGCCGCCACUACGAGGUGGCCAAGAUGCUCAAGGACCUGCCCCGAGGCCGCACCUUCACCCUCAAGCUUACAGAGCCCCGCAAGGCCUUUGACAUGAUCAGUCAGCGGUCAGCAGGGGCCCGCCCCGGCUCGGGACCCCAACUUGGUACCGGCAGGGGCACCCUUCGCCUCCGUUCCCGGGGUCCAGCUACAGUGGAGGAGCUGCCUUCAGCCUUCGAGGAGAAGGCCAUCGAGAAGGUGGAUGACCUGCUGGAGAGUUACAUGGGCAUCCGGGACACAGAACUGGCAGCCACCAUGGUGGAGCUGGGCCGGGACAAGCGGAACCCCGACGAGUUGGCGGAGGCGUUGGACGAACGACUGGGGGACUUUGCCUUCCCUGACGAGUUUGUCUUCGAUGUGUGGGGAGCGAUCGGAGAUGCCAAAGUGGGGCGCUACUAGGACUCAGAUUGGACUGACUGAGGAAAUGUGGGACGGCAUUAACAUGAGCCAGGGCCGUGGGGCCUUGGCAGCAAAAUGUCUGGGAGACCAGAUACCUGGGGCCCCUCCCAGCAGCAUAAUUGCGAUCUAGGGGAGAGAGCACUGAAGAGGUCUUUGUCUGGGGGCUUCAGAGAGAGAGGGAAGAGGGGUCAGAGAGGCGCUGAGCCCAGGAGCCAGGCCCCCCGGGCCCUCCCCACCAUGGCCGCCACUGGAAUCCGACAUUCCCCACACAGCCAGAGGAGGGAGAAGGCCUGACCCUCAGUGCUCUCCAUGCAGUCGGUACAACCCCUCCCUCAGCCAGCCUGGGGUCCCCAGGGAGCCCCACUCUUCCCUUUCCCACCUACCUCAGUGUCUAGAUUGGGGGAGGGAGAACUGGUAAGCCUCCCCCUUGUUCCCGCCUCUACUUUUCCACUUUAGCUGCCAAACUGGCCCCACUCCCCUCCCUGGGGCGCCUAGCUGGGUUGCAGGGGGGAGGCUGUGACCUCUGCCGGUUUCCCUGACGCAGGGGAGGGGAAUGUCGACCAAGCGGCCACUCCUCCCCACCCCCCACCAGCUCUCACUCCAGCCACUGCAAUAAGGCCACCAUCACCACUCUGAGACUCCCCAGACCUGUUACCUCUGUAUUUGAACUUGACUGCUGUGAACCCUUCCCCUGGCCUAGGACUGACUUCCCUUAGGUGUCCUCAGGGGUCCCCAACUGCUCUCACUGACUCUGAGGGGGGCAGGGGGCAGGCCUUGACUGGGGGGUUUUAUAUUUGAGUUGUCUUUAACAUAAAGAGAUCUCUUGAGUGGAGCUGAGCUGCGUGGCCUAAGGGGUGGGGGACUAAGCUUGAGCUGGGAAAGAAUGUGUAGACUGAAAUCCAUCCCCUCUGUGCCCCAAAUUGAAUUAGGAGACCUUGGCCCAGUCUCCCCUGCCUCCUCCCGCCCACUGUUCUGCCUGAUUAGAGCCCAGGCCCUCCCUCCAGGCUUCUCAGCAAGGGGAGCUUUCAGCUGCCCUGUGCCACUAACUCGGGGUGACCUUCCCCACCAUGGGCCUCCCCUUCCUCUCUGUGUGAGUUCAGGAGGUUGUAUUUCACUGGUCUCCAGCGUCCUUUCCACUUCUGAGGCCCUUUAUGCCUGUUGGCUUCACAACUCCUAAAGAGGCAGAAACACUGGGCUCACCCUCACCCUUCUGGUCUAUCUAGGUCCCUGUAUCUCUGGACACCAGCCACAUAGCAAGGACCUUGUCCCAUCAGGAAUAACACAUUUUUAUGUUUUACAGUUUAGAAAACAUUCUCCUCUAAGGAGGAGAUAAACAAGAAUUGAUUUCCCAUUUUAGAGUUGAGGAAACUGAGGCCCAGAGUGGGGUCUAGAAUCCAUAUCUGUUGAUUCAAAUUCAGUAUUCUUAGUGGGAAUAUCUAAGUCCCCAAGUGUGGCCCCAAAAAUGAAACAAUGAGAUGGGGUAGAUGGGAUGCAGAGGGGUAGGAACCCCUUCCUCUCCCUUCCUCCCUCCCUGUGUAGGGAUGGUGUCUUUGGGCAAGUUGUGGCUUCAACAUAAUAUUCACUGAGUUACUAAGCAGGUCACUUCCACUUGCUCAGCCUCAGUUUCCUCUUCUGUAAAGUGAUGCAGUUAGACUAGUUCUAAUGCUUUCCAGAUCCAAAUCCUAAAGGUCAUUAGAAGUCCUGGCUCUGGGCAUCUGAUCUUUUUUUUUUUUUUUAGUGAGGCAAUUGGGGUUAAGUGACUUGCCCAGGGUCACACAGCUAGUAAGUAUUAAGUGUCUGAGGUCAGAUUUGAACCCAGGUCCUCCUGACUCCAGGGCCGGUGCUCUAUCCACUGCGCCACCUAGCUGCCCCCUGGGCAUCUGAUCUUAGUCAAGUAGCUUACUCUCUCUGGGCCUCGGUUUCUUCCUUGGGCCAGACAUAUUGCAAGGAUAAUCUUACCAGCCUUUCAGAGUAGGGGGCAGCAAGAGACGAUGACCGGACCCUGCUGAACAGUAGUAACCAAAGCAGCUGGCAGCCAGAACCCUCCCCUACCCGCCGUGAGCACGGACCCCUCAGGCCUUGGGCCAAGCCGAUGGAGGAAGAUGCAGGAAUACUGACAUAAACCUGACACCAUUGUUUUGACAGCUCUUCAUCCCUGGGAAGAAGGAGAGGGGCCUCAGGGAAAUGGGGGGGAGGGGGGAAUCAGGAAAACCAGCUUCAACCCCCAGGGUUCUGGGUAGGGACAGGAGUGGAGAAGGGGAGGAGAACUGGCUGAGCAGAGGGGGAUCCCUCCCCCAUGGAGUGUGAAAGGGGCUGCUUCUGGGUUGGCGAUGGGUCUCCCAUUCUGUAUCUAACUGGAUGACUCUGUCUCAUUGUACGAUUCUCUCUCUGGGUAUGAGUGAGGGGUGGGUGUGAGUCCUUGGGGUCUAGAACUGCAGAGUUCAGAAUGGGUCCCAGAGAGGAGUAGGAUGGACUUUAAGGGGGAGGAGAAGUUGAUAGGGGGCAGGACUCCUGGGUCUCCUCUUCAACCCACUCCUUGUCCUCAUCCCAGCUCCAGCCUCCUCAGGGAUUACAUGUUCUUGGGGAACCGCCUCCAGCCUAAGCCUGACAUAAAUAAAAGAAUGGGGGGGGUGCGGUAGCCUCCCGCCAUCCAUUCCUCCCCCCACCCAAUGAAAGAACAUCACCUCCUUCCUCUCCUCAACUCAUCAUUCCUGGCACUGAUGCCUGGUGCCCCAUCACUGAGCAGGGUUGGCUCCACAGCCAGUCCCCCCAGCAGAGCCCUGUUUAUAAGCCUGUGUUCCCUAGGAGUCCCUGCCCAUCCAUGAACUGUUUGGGGGAGGACAGAGAUCAGCACCAUAAGCGGCAGGACCCUGGAUUUGGGGUGAGGAGACAAGUUGGAAUCCUGCCUUAGCCAUUCUUUGUGACCUUGGGAGAUUCACCUAACUUCUCUAUUGGAAAUGAGAGGCUUGGACUAGAUCACUUCUGAGAUUCCUCCCAGCUCUGAAGUCCUUGGGCUCAUUGGGAAGACAGGAACAGAGUGGUACAAGGGGCUGGGAAGGGGUCCUCUCACCUGGGAUGCCCUGCUGCCUGAAGCCCCAGAGAGAGGGCUGCAGUGGGGGGAGAAAAGGGGAAUGUGUAUCUGAGACACUCACAUUUUCCAGUGUUUGGAUUUUCCCGGCAUUAUUAUUGUUAUUAAUGAGAAAAGUAUGAGGGCCCCAUGCCUGAGAAUGGGGGGUAAGGAACUAGAGAGGAUGGGGGGGGGAUGGCUCAGUUUCCUCUCAAUUGGGAAAGGGUUGGGUUAGAUAAUCUCCAAGAACCCUGCCAGCUCUAAAGCCAACGAUUCUACGAAACUAUAGGCUUCUUUGUAGGUCUAGUGGAGGUGAGAUGAUGGGGGCAGAAGGUCAGACACCCCCCCCUCCCCCGGCCUAAAAGAGCAGAUGGUUGUCGCGUGGUGUAGUGGGGAAAAGACUGGUAUUGGUUGGGGACAGUUCAAAUCCUGACUCUGACACGGGCAAAUCCACCCCCUUUGGGUCUCCAAUUCCUCAUCUGUAAAAGCAAGAGUAAUCUUUGCAUUGCCUACCUCACAGGGUGGUUGUGGGGAAAGCAUUUGGUAAACUUUAAUGUGCUGUGGACAUGGAGCAUAUCGAUUGUUAAUCUCUUGACCCUCUCUCUGGUCACAAUAUAACCAGCAGGACCAUGUAGUAAGCAUAUAUUCCCCCCCCCUUUGUGGGUCCCAUUGGACCCAGACCUAGCAUCUACUGUGAGGGAGGGGACUCCUCUUGGGCCACAGACAGAGGAGGGCUGCCAAGUGGCCCUGGCAGCAUGAGGCCUCAGGGGACAGGGCUGCUGCAGUGCCAACAGCGCCCCUGAGGUUCUUCCUACCCCUACCCACCCCACACCUACCUAGAAACUGGGUACUUCCCUCUCACGGACCCUGGCUCCCAGGAAGAAAGCUGGGUG